UUCGCUUCCCCGUUCGGGGCCUCUGCGCCUCCGUUCGCCCUUCCUCUCGACUUCAACCGACCAGCUUCCGUCUCUGCCUCGCGCUCUUCCUGUCCCUCCUCUCCCGCCUCCAACGCAUGCUCACGGUCCUCGUCUCCCCAAAGUGUCCUGUCCUGCGCCACUUCCCCGCGAAAAUCCGAUCUCGACUGUGCUGACCACGUCUCUCUCGCGUCCUCGUCCCGCGACCCGCCCCGCUCUCCCCCUUCUCUCUCUCUGCACGCUUCCUCGGAGUCGUCUUCCGGGCCGCAUGCGCGCGAGGGAGACGCCGAGCGCUGUCGAGUCCCUGCGUCGCCGUCUCUCUCCCCUUCCUCGUGCGGCGGCGCCUCGCUCGCGUCACUGUCUCCGCCGCUGCUGCGCCAUACGGACCGCGCACCGCCUCCGAGCCUCUCCGCGGAGACUUCCGUGAGGGGUGUGUCUCUGGGCGUCUCUUCGGCCGCGCCCUCGUCGCCGCAGAGCAAGAUGGAGGGGGAAGACGACGUGUCUCUCUUCAAAAAGGGCGAGAAAGGCAGUCGCACGCGCCUCGCCUCGAAGCCGUCGGCAGAAUGCGCGGACACGGCGGGCGGCGACUCGGGUGCACGUACACCUCCGCCGACUGGCGCGACGGACGACCCGACCGGGGCGCUCUCUCCGGAGAGACCGACCGCGCAGAAACUCAGCGAGACUCCCGGCGCAGGCGUUUCUCCGGCUCUCGGUGCGCGGAAGACCCCGCGGGCUGAAGACGCGGCCGCCUCGCCCUCGUCGGCGCCGCAGCUGCCGCGCCGUCUGAAUGACGGGGCGGUCGUGGAAGGCCCUCUCCCGAACGAGCUCGAGAUGGUCAUUCCUCGGUUCCGUGCGCGCUUCCUCGAGGGGAUCGAGGACGAGGGGGACUCGCCGAUCGACACCCUCACGCUGUACAGCGACUGGGUAGAGCUCCCGUCUCUGCGUUUCCGGCUGAUGGUGCAUCCGCUGACGCGGUCGCACAACCGGCAGGCGCAGCUUUCUCCGCCGUCUCCGCUCUUCCCCGAGGGCGCGGCGCGCGCGCUCUCGCCCCAGCAGCAGGAGUACCUCCAGAGUCGGACGACGGCUGCGUUCGUCGAGAUCGGCCGAAAGCCCGACUGGCCGGCAGACUGGAUUUUCCAGUCUGCGGUUCGCUUCCACAUCUACGUCGUGAAUCUGACUGAGCCGGAGCGGUCAGUGUGGAGGGAAGAAACUUUCCAGUUCAGCUGCGAGGAGAUCGACCGCGGAUGGCACGCGAUCGUCUCCUACUUGACGCUCUUCGAGGAGCGGUUCUUCGCCGCCCCUUCCGGCGACCUCGUCCUCCGCGCCGCCGUCUUCCCCGCCGGAACUGCAGUGAUGAGCCGCGGCCUCCGCACGCCCUGUCCGGCGUCGCCGCCGCUCGGCGAGCGCAGGCGGCCCAGCGACAGCGCGGAUCCGAGAGAUACUGAAGCCGCCGAGGCGGAGAUGCGCGAGCGGAGCGACCGCGGAGGGGGCGACGAGCCCAAGGAGGACGACGCCGAGUUGGGACCCGUGAUCGCGGGUCAGCCAGUCGACACUUCCUCGCCUCUCGCCUCGCUCUUCUCUUCGCUGCCGCCGGCGGCGUCGCUCGGCCGCGCGGGGAAAGGGUACGUCGGUCUGCGGAACCAUGGCGCGACGUGCUACAUGAACGCGCUGCUUCAGAGUCUGUACUACAUCGGGAAAUUCCGACAGGCCGUCUACGCCCUGACCUUCGACACGAAGGCGAUCAGCGGCUGCCGCAGCAUCGAGGUCUUGGAGAGCAGAUGCCGACGCAGGAAACGCCGCGCGGGCGGCUCAGGGGCCAGCGCGGACGGAGACGAGGCCCGCGACGCGCGAGACGCGAGACACGACCGAAACCUGGACAAGGACGAGGACAUGAUCGACGGAAGCUGCGACGUCCAGAUGGAGGACGAAGGGUCGGCGUUGCGGCCGACCGGCCGGGCGUCGAAGGGGGCGUCUGGGCGGCCGUCCUACGACUCGUCUCCGUACUUCUCGCCUGUGCACCAUCCGCUCGCGUCGCUGCUGCUGAACAGCGACGACGAGGACGACGAGGAUUUCUCCGACUGGAACGAGCGAGACAUGCGCGAUCUGCUGCUGGAGGAGGAACAGGAGCAGCGGCGGCCGCCGUCCAUCUCGCUGGCGUUGCAGAACCUCUUCUUCCGGCUGUACACCUCAAAAGAGCCAGUAGCGUGUCGGGACUUGAUUCGGUCCUUCGGUUGGGACGCAGCCGAUGCGUUCACGCAGCAAGACACCCACGAAUUGCUCAAGUUGCUGCUGGACAAGGUCGAGGAGCAAAUGCAGCGGACUCCCGCGGAAGGCAGCGUGAAAAAGAUGUUUGAGGGCGAGAUGGAGACGUACAUUGAGUGCAUCGAGGUCGACUACAAGAGCGUGCGGAAAGAGACGUACGAAGAUCUGAAUCUGGACGUGAAAGGGUGCAACAACAUCCAGGAGAGUCUGCGGCGCCUCGUUCAGCCGGAGAUCCUCGAGGGCGAGAACUCGUACGACGCCGAGGCGUUCGGGAAACAGCGCGCGCGAAAAGGCGUCCGCUUCUUACGCUUCCCCCCCGUCUGCAUCUUCCUCCUCAAGCGAUUCGACUUCGACUACGAGAAAAUGGACACCGUCAAAGUCUUCUCGAGUUUCGAGUUCCAGAGCGAACUCGACCUGAACGAAUUCUGCCCCGGCGCCGGAGUCUACGAGCUCCACGCCGUCUCCGUACACCAAGGAGACGUCAACUCCGGCCAUUACUACUGCUUCCUCCGGCCGCCGCCGCGCACGCAGUGGGUCCGUUUCGACGACGACAAGGUGUAUCCGGUCUCAGAGUAUGCAGCGAUUGGAGACAACUUUGGAGGGGACGAAGAAGAUCCGUGCAAUUACCUCGCUGGCAAAGCGCCGCGCUCGCGGCAAAAGGUCUACAACGCGUACAUUCUGGUCUACGUGAAGAAGCGGCUUGCGAACCAGCUGCUGGCCGACUGUAACCCGAUGAAGGUGAACCCUCAGGUCGUCGUCCGGUGCCGCACAGAGGAGCUUCUGAUGAAACUGCGAAACCGCAUUCGCCGGGUUCUCGAGCAACGCAUCAAGGUGAAGGUGUAUCAUCCGCUGCAGUUUUUGAAUCGUCGCUUUCUGGACUUGCCGCUGGCGACGAUGCCGCCGUUGGUGGAGAUCAAGUCGAGUCGGUCGGUGGGCGUUUUGCCGAUUCACGAGCAAAUCACGUCGCGGCUGUUUGCAAAGUUGUACGGCGAGGAGAGCGCGGGGGCGUCUGAGGGCGGGGCGAGUCAGCGCAGCUCUGCGAAGGCGCCUUCCAUCGCGUUUCUCCUGUACGCGAUGGACUUUCUGGCCGACGACGCGCGUUUCAGCCCCGUUGCCAUCGCGGACAAUCCGUGUCUGGGCGAAAUUUUCCGGUCCAAGAUGCUGGGGAACGGCGGGCGCGGCAGCGGCGUGCUCGGCCACCGGACCUUCCCCGGGAGCUCGGCGGACCAGAACUACCCUUACAACCGGUUCGACGCCUGCUUGUACUUCCUCGCCGUGCCGGAGACGAACGCCGUGAUUCGCAGCGCGCUGGACCACGACGAGUUUUGCCGGCGACACCAGCUGCUCUUCCUCAAGUACUUUGACAUCUUCGGCGCAAACAAGAUGCUCGAUGCAGAGCCCGGGUCGGCGCAGGACCCGAAAGGGAAGCGGAAGAAAGAGGACAGCCAGGCGAAGCCGCCACUGUCGGCAGGAAAGGGAGAAAAGAAACUCGCGACGCUGGAAACCCAGGACGAGGCAACCGAAGGCGUCCCAGAGUCCCUCAGAGACAGCAACGUCGUCUGCGUGGACGUCGUCCUCGUGCCGAACGGAUGGCGGCUGGUUUGUCUCCAACCCCAUCUGUAUCGGCGGCUGCUGCGGUGCAUGGACGACGGCUUGGUUCGCCCGUACGCUGUGGAGUCGCUCCGGCGCUACGUCGCCUCGCUGGGCUCUCUUCCGCCUCUGUUUGCUGUCUCCGGGUCGGGCUCAGGCCUCUUCUUCCCCCUGACCGGGUCGGAGAAACCGUGUUUGGUGGACGUGGCGAGCUCGCAGAGCUGUUCGCUCGCUGCAUGCGCGGCUGCGUACGGCGCGGGCUUGAGCGCGACGCUCUGUGGACCGGUCUUCAGCACUCAGGGGAACUUUCCCGCGCUGUCCGGGAGCCGAGAGCAGACGCCCGACCUGCCGCGGGACGCCGCACUCGCCCUCGUCCUCGCCCUCGAGAUCGAAUUCCAGGACCUGAAAAACCCCACCAGUUUAACGCUCUCGUCGAAGAAAACGUUCUCGCAAGAAAAGAUUUUCCCGGGAGACAUCUUCGUGUUCAACAUCGAGGCUCCGGAAAACAUGCGCCGGCGCUUCCAAGAAAUCCGACGACUGGCGGAAGUCUCCAGCGCCGAGAGGGAGCCGACGACAACCGAAGAGUUCGGCCUCUCCGCCUCCGCCGACGGGCACGAUCUGCUCGCCCAACUUUACCUCGACGGCCGCGGACUGCCCAACGUUCCCUCCCUUCUCCCUGCCUUCUGCCUCGCUCAAACUCCUCUGGUGGCGGCAGACGGGGCGGAGACGAAACACCGCGCCUCGCUAUCCGCAGAGGAAGGGCCUGUCUCCCUGUCGCCUUCGUCAUCUUCCUCGUCUUCGCCCUCCUCCUCGUCGCCGCCCUCUGCGACUGGCGCCGCCGCGCAUGCAAUUUCCACGGCCGCACGGGCGGCUCUGGGCGACGCGGACACUGGCGACAAGGCCGAGGACGAAAAGGAGACACCUGGGACGAAGCAGAAGCCUGCGGAGGGGCCAGGUCCGAGCCGCAGCGCCGAGGCGUCGACGACUGUCUCUUCGCCAGUGAACAGCGGCGUCCUCCCUCCCUCUCGAGCUUCACAGAGACAAGACGCAGCAGAAGGAAAGAAAGGAGACAGUUCCGCGGGCCAGGCGCCUGCGGGGUCAGCGGACGGGACCGAGAGUGCGAAGAAAGAGGAACGCCCCGCGGUCAUGCCGCCCUCGAGCGACGGCGGGCUCCUCCCUUUUCUUCCCGCGGCCCGAGGAGGAAAAAUUCCAGUCGGACCUCCCGAGAUGCCCCUGCUGCCUAGCCCAGACUUCCACCAUUACAGCCUCAACAAGGCCAACCGAUUCGUCUUUCAGUUCAGACUCUACGAUCCUCUCGAGCUUUUGAAUCGGCCGAUGAACUGCUGCGGAAUGCUGUUGGAGGACUACCCGCGGCCGAGCACGGCGCCCUCUGCUUCGUCUGUCUCCCUCGCGUCUCGCGACUUGUCUCUCUCUCAGUGCUCAUCAAACGAAACUCUCAGCUCCUUCACUCUGGCGUCCAGUCCCUCCACAUCCUCCGUCCUCGCCGCCGAUCCGUACCUCCCAGGGGCGUCCAGCAAGGCGGUCAAUGCGUCUUCCGUCUCCUCUUCUCUGCUGCUUCCCGCCGCCUCGCCUUCCCCCGUCAACCCGCUGGGCGCGACGGCCGGGCCCUUUGGAGCCGCGACCGCGGUCGGAGGCCCCGGCGGUCCUGCAGGGCCCCAGAGAUCCACGAGUGGUGUCAGCGUUGGGGACAUUGACUGCGCAGACGGAGACGGAGCAGGAGACGCCGAGGAAGACGAAGACCCGUGGAUUCACGUUCCGAAGGGCCAGCCUGUGGCGGCGAAAAUGCUCGAAGUCGACGUCCGAGUCGCAUGCAAUCAGGUGCUGCGCUACGUCAGUUGGUAUCUGGGCACAGACUCGUCGCGGUUGUUUUUGUUUCCGGAGCCGCCGUUGCUGUCUGAUCCCGCGUACGAGCCGGUGAGCAUCGACAGCUUGGUGUGUUUCGCGAACGAAGGCGCGGGGACUGCGCCGCGUCGGGAUAGCUCGGGCGGCGCCUCUCCCGAGGCUUCGAUGCGCAGGCUGAGCGUGAAUGAAGUGUUCUCGCGCCUCGAGAAGAAGGCGCUGCAGUGCACCGGCUCGCGGCUCGGGCGCCGCCGCUCGCGGACCGCGCUGGGGGCCUUCCCCUUCUCGGGGACGUCGGGUAGCCGACCCCGCAUCUUUCACCUGGCCCUGAUGCCCCGCCACUACUCGCUCUGUUCGCGGGUGAUCGAUCCGCACGCACUCAGUCCCGCGCAGCUGGAGAGGGCGAAGGAUCUUAUUUUCCCGGCCUGUUCGGGGACGUCUUCGGCGCCGUCUCCGCCGCCGGACGUGCGACUGCACGACGCGCUUCUUCACUUUGUCGUGCUCGUCUUCAACCGCCGCGUUGAGAGUCUCGGCUGCGUCGAGGGCCUCAUCCCGGCCAGGUGUCCCUUCUCCUCGCGACCGCUGACCGUGAAGGACUUGAUCCACGCCAUCCUCGCCCGCAUGCCUCCUGCGCUCCGCACGCAGGUCGUGGAGGAGCGCAGACGGCUGUCGCGGGAGGCUGGUGCGGCGGACGCCGCGAGGGUGUCUGACGCAGCUCUCGCGAGCGGUCUGCGCCUCGUCGCCUCCACAGUCGCCUCGCUCCAAGAGCUCGAGAAGACGCAGCAAGUGCAGAAUUUGCCAAUGUACGCGCUCGGCGAGGCCCAUGGCCCCAUCCGACAGCCGCGGCUCGACGGCCUCGCCACCCAGAACCUCUUCGCUGUCCCCCUCAGACUCGAGCUCGACUGGACACCCGACGAGAAAGAAGGCAUCGAAAACGGGGACUUGAAGGUACUCCAAGUCGUUCACCAAACUCCGACGGACAGAGAGUACUUCGGCUACCCCUUCGAGAUUCUUGUGCGACCGACCGAAACGCUUAACGAGAUCAAGCACAAAGUGAAAGAGAAGUUGCUGCUGCCAAAGGCCUUGUGGAAUAACUGGACUUUCUUUCAGUACGCGGACUGUAACAGAUCGUGGAAAGGACCGAACGACCGCCUCGACUGGCAACGCUACGACUCCAUCACUCUUAUCGCUGAACAUCCGGCGCCCUACUCCAAGAUGCGCUCACACACGGCCAUGAAGAUUGCGUAG